GGAUGAUGUUGUGUUAUUUACCGUAUUUUUGUAAUGCUACUUGAUAAGUUGACAUGCUCUUAUUCUCAACAUCCCACGAGGCCUCAUAUCUGCACACCUUCGGCUUCAAGCCGUGUCUCUGCAACUCCACUCUUCAAUUAUUUCCCUCUGGAGUCUAGAUCUCCCUCUCAUUUGCAGCCAUAAUUCUCUUCUUCUUCUUCUUCGCAGAAUUUCGAAAGACUAAUGGCUUUUGAAACUUUGCUCGUAAAAGUGAAGACUGCGCUAACACAUAGCUUUGAUUCAGUUAAAAUCUCCAAACCAACCAUCAAAAUAUCAAAGAAAUCUAAAUCCAAUGUUGGGUUUUUAUCUUUCGAGAUCUCCAGCCUCAUGUCAAAGCUACUCCACUCGUGGCAGUCCCUCUCUGACAAUAACAUAACUCGUCUCCGCAACGAACCGAUCGCAAUUGAAGGAGUACGUAAAAUUGUGUCGAAUGACGAGUCAUUCCUUCUCGGCCUCGCGUGUGCCGAGAUGGCUGAAAAUGUUCGGUUUCUGGGGAAAUCGAUUUCAAGAUUAAGCAAGCGAUGCGACGACAGCAAUCUCCGUCGUUUUGAGCAUUUUUUCGACGAGUUUGCAGACACAGGGCUUGAUACUCCGGGUUGGGUUCUGAGCUGCAAGGAAAUGGAAGCCAGGAACAAGAAGAUGGACCGGUACGUGACGGUCACGGCCACUCUGUACAAAGACAUGGUGGAGUUGACUACGCUCGAGAACUGUUUGGAAAAAUGCCUACAAGACCACGAGUCUUCAACGAAGGAGCAAAAGAUCAUGGAUCUUCAUGAAAAGAUAUUUUGGCAGAGACAAGAGGUCAAGUACCUAAAAGAGAGAUCUCUAUGGAAUCGAAGUUUCGAUACUGUUGUAUCAAUGCUGGCGAGGUCUAUAUUUACUAUUCUAGCCAGAAUCAAGCUUGUUUUCGGCGUGGGACAUGGAUGCCCACCUUCUCUUCCACGUAGUCUCUCUGCCUCUGCCACUGUGUACCCGACUGAGAAUCCUAGUACCUAUAGCUUUGUGUCAGGGCCGUUGAAGAGCACAAAACUUCUGGAGGAGGAGCAGAAAGAUUCUGUUCGACCUGGAUUUUUCGAGUCCAAUUCGAAGCUCCUAAAGCCACCUGCAUCGACUCUUGGUGCGGCAGCUUUAUCUCUUCAUUAUGCAAAUUUGAUUAUUGUUAUGAUGAAGAUGAUCAAGUCACCACAAUUGGUAGGUGUUGAUGCUAGAGAUGAUCUUUAUGCUAUGCUACCGAACAGUAUAAGAUCAAAUUUAAGGGCGAGAUUGAAGGGAGUUGGGUUCUCAGCGAGCGAUCCGGUGCUUGCAGGAGAAUGGAGGGAUGCGUUGGGGCGGAUCUUGGCGUGGUUGUCCCCACUUGCACACAACAUGAUCAAAUGGCAAAGUGAACGGAGCUUCGAGCAGCAAAAUUUGGUGCCAAAAACAAGUGUUCUUUUGUUGCAGACACUGUUUUUCGCCAACCAAGAGAAGACUGAAGCUGCUGUUACUGAAUUAUUGGUGGGUUUGAAUUACAUUUGGAGAUUUGAAAGAGAAAUGACUGCUAAGGCCCUGUUUGAGUCCGUCAACUUGAAUGGUUUCUUGAAUUUGCAGAACUCAAUAAGCUCAUGUAAUAUUACUAAAUAUGUACAUGAGUAAAUUUUCAAAAGAAGCUUUUUGCAAUUUACAGUCAUGUAAGUGAAGAUAUGAUCGAUCCUCCAAUAUUGUUCUAUUUGAUUAGAAUAGCUGCUCCUAUUAUUAUUAAUCCGGUAG